AUGCGCGAAGAUUUCAUGAUGAGUAUGAAAAAGGCGAUUGUGGAUUUUGUCUUAAAAGAUCCAAAUACGGAAGAAUCCCUCGACGAGGAAGACACGCCACUGAAACAAGAAUUAGCUAUGAAGGAUGACGCAUGGAGAAACAGAUAUGUUAUAUCCACAAAAUACAUAAAGAAAAAUUUACACAGCAUUAACCCAUGUAUUGCGCAAGUUUUACAAAUAUGGUGGAGACAAUUCAACGAACUACGACUUAUCAGUAUGAAAGACAUUAUGAUGAGCAACGAAGCGUACGAGCUGCAGGACUUUAGUUUCGUGUGCAAAAGGCACAUAGAUGCGGCCGGUAAUGUUCUUACGCUCCAGUGGAUACCGACAAUACAGGCCGUGUUCCUUCAGGGAAGUAAAAAGAAACAGAUACCGGAUCCGAAACAGGUGUUGAAGAUGAAACGUUUUUACAAUUGUCUCGCCUGCAUCAUGACGUAUAACUUACAAACACUCUGCUUGAAAUCUAUGAAAGAAUAUACCGACUAUAUUAUGGAUGUUGGGGGUAUAAAUCAAGGUUUUAUAAUAAAUCUGACUUUCCAAAACGAUGCUAUUGAGUUCGAGCCCUCAUUUAAGCAGUUUCGUGACAAACUCUGUCUGAUGUAUGAUUUUUUAAUGGAUGCCUGUAGACAGUCACCACGCUUGGAAACAAUAUUGUAUCAGGAUUUUGAUGUAAAUGCUCGUGAAACUCUUAAGCCAAUAAUAGACAACGAAUUGAUUGAAGACUAUAAAUCAAAAAUAGCAGAUUUGAUUGAUGAACAAAGGAUUGGACCAGAACUGAGAGUCCAAGAUUUCGACGACUAUGUUUGCUUACUUAAUGGAGAGUCCAUUGCGCAAGUUGAAGAUUUCAUCAAUUCUCGUCCAGAAAAGACAUUCGAAGAGUUCUGUCAAGAGUCAGUUAAAUAUGUGGAGUUGACACGAGAGAUACCCUCAAAACUAGAGGGGACAAUCGUUAUAGGAAUGUACAGGAUGCAGAGGAAUGACUUGAUUAAUGCGUUGCGUGGAGCCGCAACAAGACUUGCUAGUACUCUUCUAAGAAAAAUGACUGAGGAUUAUCAGAGUCUGGUCAAAACAAUAUAUGAUGAAUAUUCCGCCAUCGCAAACACUCUUCUCACACCACCUCCGGAUACUGCUGCGUUGAUGGAGCUUAUUGCAUACUGCAAGAAGGUAGAAGACACAGUUCUCGAAGAAAUGGAGUACAAGCUACGCAACGUAAUGGGAUAUAUCACUUUUCUCGGAGAUUAUACGACUUUCACUCCGCUAGAGAUGAAGGCGAACAAUCAAACGUUCCAUUGGUAUGCACGAAUGCCUGGCGUUGUAGACGAAUGCAAAUCAAUUUGUGAUCAGAAGAAAACUGAAUAUCAGGAGUUGUUAAAGGUUCGAAUCGCCAAGUUUAUUGAAGAUCUUGACUUGUACGAGCUACAGUGUAAUGAGCUUCAGUAUUGGGGCGAUAUUAACGAGUUGUCCAAAUAUGUUACACGCGCUCGUAACCUUGACGAAAAGUUAUCUAAUGCUUUAUUGAAGAUAGAUCAAUUCAAUGAGGAAGAAGCUUCUUUCGGGUGGGAGCUUUCGCAAUACCCAAAAAGAAAAAAAAUUUUCGAUCGUCUUGCCCCUUUCAAGAAACUCUACGAUGCGGGUUAUGAUUUCUUGGGAAAACAUAAUAAUUGGAUAAAGUCUAAGGUCGGUAGUUUUGAUCCUGAGGAAAUAGAAGGAGAUGUAAGCUACUAUUACAAAAUUGUAUAUAAACUAGAAAAGUCAUUACAAGACGUUCCUGAAACCCACCAGCUUGCUGUUUCAGUCAGGGAGAAAAUAGAAGAAUUUAAAACGCAUCUGCCAAUCAUUCAAACAUUAGGAAAUCCGGGCAUGAAACCCCGCCAUUGGGAGAAAGUUUCUGAAAUUGUUGGUUUCCCUAUAGUCGUCGACGACGAAUUGUCACUUGAAAAAGUGAUAGAUUUCAAUUUGGUCGAUUACAUCGAGAAGUUCGAGGGUAUCUCGGAGGCUGCAACUAAAGAAAAUAAUCUUGAAAAAGCGUUGGAUAAGAUGAUGAAAGAAUGGGCUGAUCUUAAAUUUGAAAUCCUGUUGUACAAUGACUGGGAGGGCAAACUUAUAUUGCUACAGGAAAUACUUGACGAGUGGCUUAAAGUCCAAGCAACAUGGAUGUACUUGGAACCCAUCUUUUCCUCACCUGAUAUUCAACAGCAAAUACCUGAAGAAGGUCGAAGAUUUAGCGCCGUUGAUAAGAUGUGGCGGGAAAUAAUGAAAGUCGCAUACGCUGAGCCCCGAGUGCUUGAUGUGAUCACAAUUGAAAAGAUGUUAGAUAGACUGCGUAAAUCGAACAAUUUACUAGAACUGGUGCAGAGGGGCUUGAAUGCUUACCUCGAGAAAAAACGUCUUUUCUUUCCCCGAUUUUUCUUUUUAUCCAAUGACGAGCUAUUGGAAAUUCUAUCUGAAACAAAAGAUCCUUUACGCGUACAGCCGCAUCUAAAGAAGUGUUUCGAGGGCAUUGCAAAGCUGACGUUUACAGAGGAUUUGGUAGUAACGCACAUGAAGUCUUCGGAGGGCGAGAUCGUUUCGCUGACAACGACCAUAAACACAGCAGCCGCUAGGGGUCAAGUAGAAAAAUGGCUUGUGGAGCUGGAGAAAUCAAUGAAAGAUUCGGUACAUCACGUUGUGCAUCUAUCGUACGAUGAUUACAUACAGCGGCCAAGGGAGACGUGGGUACUCGUUUGGCCCGGACAGGUGGUGCAAUGUAUAGCAAUGACUUAUUGGACGUCAGAAGUAACAGAGUCUAUUCAUAUCAGCGUUCCUGCAAUGAGGGCUUAUUGGGAAAAGUGUAACUAUCAGAUAUCCAAAAUUGUGGAUUUGGUUCGAGGAGAACUUAGUGUACAAAAUCGCAUUACAUUAGGUGCUUUGGUUGUACUGGAUGUUCACGCUAGAGACGUUCUUAUGUUGCUCAUUGACUUAGAAGUGGAGCAGGACAACGACUUUAAUUGGCUGUCGCAGAUACGGUAUUAUUGGGAGGAACAAGAGGAGAUAGGAAUGCAGAUCGUAACGCGUAUGAUCAACUCUCAGCUGAGGUACGGCUACGAGUACCUCGGCAACACUGGACGCUUGGUCGUUACGCCGCUGACAGAUCGUUGCUUUAGGACGUUGUUCGGAGCCCUGCAUUUGAACUUAGGAGGCGCACCUGAAGGCCCCGCAGGUACCGGAAAGACAGAAACAACUAAAGAUUUGGCCAAAGCAGUAGCAAAACAAUGCGUAGUGUUUAAUUGUUCAGAUGGUCUUGAUUAUAUUGCGCUGGGGAAAUUCUUUAAGGGUCUAGCUUCUUGCGGUGCGUGGUCGUGUUUCGACGAGUUUAACAGAAUUGAUCUAGAAGUGCUUUCAGUAGUAGCGCAGCAAAUUCUCUCUAUUCAGCGCGGCAUAAACUCCGGAGCUACUGAGCUAUUGUUUGAAGGCACGCUGUUGCAACUCGAUAAGACUUGUGCCGUUUUCAUUACUAUGAAUCCGGGUUAUGCCGGAAGGUCGGAACUACCUGAUAACUUAAAGGCGCUGUUUCGCUCAGUGGCUAUGAUGGUACCGGACUACGUGUUGAUCUCCGAAAUAGAACUUUACGCUUUUGGAUAUUUGAAUGCUAAGCCUUUGGCCGUGAAGAUAGUUGCCACAUAUAAAUUGUGCUCGGAACAGUUGUCGUCUCAAAGUCACUAUGACUAUGGUAUGCGCGCAGUAAAAUCUGUGCUCCGAGCCGCUGGUGCACUAAAACUGCGGUAUCCAGACGAAGAUGAGGACAUCAUAUUGUUGCGUUCCAUCAAGGAUGUUAAUCUUCCCAAGUUUCUUGAACACGAUGUGCCACUAUUUAUGGGUAUAAUUGGUGAUCUAUUCCCCGGUCUGCCACUACCUGAAGCCGGUCUACCGCACUUAGUAGCUUGUAUAAAAGAAGCGUGCGUAAAGCUUAAUUUACAGGCCAAUGAUUUCUUUAUAGAAAAGGUUCUUCAGCUGUAUGAAAUGAUUCUCGUUCGACAUGGCCUUAUGUUGGUUGGAUUGCCGUUUUCGGGUAAAACUAAAUGCUAUCACGCUUUAGCACACGCGUUGGCAUUAGUUUCGGAAAAGGGUCUUAUGGAUGAACACGCUGUGGAAUGGACUGUGAUCAAUCCUAAGGCAAUAACAAUGGGCCAAUUGUAUGGUCAGUUCGAUCCGGUCUCACACGAGUGGUCUGAUGGUAUUUUAGCUGUCAGUUACAGAGCUUUCGCCGUAUCAACUAAUGAUAACAGGAAGUGGUUGGUUUUUGACGGUCCAGUGGAUGCAAUCUGGAUAGAGAACCUCAACACUGUUCUGGACGAUAACAAGAAAUUGUGUUUAAUGAGUGGUGAGAUAAUUCAGCUCGCACCGACUACCAAUCUCAUAUUCGAGCCUAUGGACCUUGAAGCAGCGUCACCAGCCACGCAAAUGUACAUUACUUCACGAACUAACCUAGUCAAGAGUUGCAUGAACCUGUUUGACACAUUUAUGGAUGAUUUCUAUGAUGAAAAAUUUGUAGAACAGAUAUCGGACCUCGAUGUAAGAGCUCAACUAGAGGGUGCUUUCUUUUUUUCUUGUAUUUGGUCUAUUGGAGCGACAUUGGACGGUGAUAGUAGACCAAAGUUUGAUAUGUUAUUCCGUGGUCUACUGGAGAAAGAGUUUCCCGAUAAGGUUAUAAAAGACCUCGGUUAUCCACGGGAAAUAGCUAAGCCCGAUAAGCAGUAUAUAUUUACUAUUCCAAAAGGUAGACUCGUAUACGACUAUAGAUUUAUUAAAGAGGGAAAAGGAAAAUGGAAACCAUUUCAAGAUGAUGUCGUAACAGCGCCUCCAAUCAGUCGCGAUACGCCACCCAACCAGAUUUUGGUUACCACCCUCGAUAGCGUUCGCUAUUUGGCACUGUUUAACCUCUUUGUCACACAUCAAAAGCCGGUCAUGAUGGUUGGACCUACUGGAACUGGAAAGUCUUCAUAUAUUAUAGACUAUUUGGUAAAAAGGGUUGACACAAAAGUGUAUAAGGCCCUCAUUAUGGCUUUCUCGGCACAAACCAACUGUAAUCAAACGCAAGAUAUUAUAAUGGGAAAACUUGACAGAAGGAGAAAAGGUGUCUACGGACCACCAAUUGGUUGUUACAGCGUAGUGUUUGUGGAUGACGUGAGUAUGCCCCAAGCUGAAACCUAUGGCGCUCAACCUCCUAUAGAAGUGUUGAGGCAAGGGAUUGAUUUAGGGCUUUGGGGCUUUUCCAAAGAAUUCGACCCCUGCAUAGACGAAAUAGUCGCUGGUACAUUAGAAGUGUAUAAGCAGUGUAGAUUAAAUUUGUUACCUACGCCAUCUAAGUCCCACUACACAUUUAACCUACGAGAUUUUUCAAAAGUUAUCUUGGGAGUAUUAUUGUCGGUUCCCGAAGUGACUCCAGAUCUUCAAUCAAUUAAACGUCUAUGGGUUCAUGAGUGUCUUCGUGUAUUCUCUGAUCGACUAGUAGGGGAUGCGGAUCGACAGUGGUUGGUACAAUGUUUAAGAGAAGCCACAGAGUUGCAUCUGAAUGAAAACUUCGAUAAAAUGCUCUCUAGGUUGCUGGAUGAUCCUGAAGAACAGAUAACUGAUCUUCAUUUGCGUAAAUUGAUUUACUGCGACUUCGCAAAUCCUAAAGUCGAUACGCGAUUUUACAUGGAAACUACAAACAUGGAGCAUCUUAAUUCAACAGUCGAAGCGUUCCUAGUCGAGUUCAAUAACAUGUCUAAAAAACCCAUGAACUUAGUAUUGUUCCGGUUCGCGAUUGAACAUGUUUCUCGCAUCUGCCGAGUGCUAACGCAACCGCGCUCGCACGCGCUGCUGGUGGGGCUUGGAGGCUCCGGCCGCCAGUCGCUCACGCGUCUCGCUGCGCACAUCAACGAAUAUGAUCUCUUUCAGGUUGAAAUGAGUAGAACUUAUGGGAAAAACGAAUGGCGUGAAGACUUGAAGACGCUACUGAAGAAGUCAAGCACUCCAGAAUUGCACAUGGUGUUUCUGUUCAUCGAAUCACAGAUCAAAGAAGAAGGUUUCUUGGAGGACAUCAACAACAUGCUAAAUUCGGGAGAAGUACCAAACAUAUUCGUUGCCGAUGAAAAGACAGAGCUUUGUGAGAAAAUGAGAGUGAUCGAUCGUCAACGUGACAAGUCACUGCAAACGGACGGAAGUCCUACAGCGUUGUAUGCGUACUUCGUGUCGAUCGUGCGCGACCAGUUACAUAUAGUGCUAGCGAUGUCCCCAGCGGGCACUGCGCUGCGCACGCGUAUCCGCAAGUUCCCGUCACUCGUCAACUGUUGCACCAUUGACUGGUUCCAGGAAUGGCCAGCAGAUGCCCUAUUAGCUGUUGCAAAACGUUUUCUCAAAGAUAUUGAAUUGACGGAUUUAGAGCGCGAGACGGCCAUCAAGCUAUGUCAAAUGUUCCACACAGACACACAAGAGCUGACCCGACAAUUUUUGCUGCGGCUUAAAAGAUAUAACUACGUCACGCCAACCGCUUAUCUUGAACUUAUCAAUAUGUUUAAGACUUUACUAAGUAAAAAACGAACAGAGUUGAUUACAAAUGAAAAACGUUACAUCACUGGUCUGGAUCAGCUGGCUAUUGCUGCUAAAUCAGUCACUGCACUACACGAAGCCUUAGCAAUUCUGCAACCGAAGUUAGCAGCCGGUGCCGCCGCUGUAGCCGAGACAACUGCUAAAAUAGAGAAGGAAAAAGAGGGAGUAGCAUUAGUAGAGGCAGAGGUCUUAGUGGAUCAGGCUGCUGCAGAAGAGCAGGCAAAAGAAGCACAGGGCAUAAAGGACGAAUGCGACGCAGAUUUGGCCGAAGCGAUGCCGAUUCUAAAUGCAGCCUUAGCAGCGCUAGACACUUUAACACCUCAAGAUAUUACCUUCAUUAAAACCAUGAAGAGUCCGCCACGUGGAAUUAGACUUGUUAUGGAAGCCAUUUGCAUAUUAAGGGAUGAUCCGGAUGUGAAACCGGAUAAAAUCCCGAAUCCAUCAGGCAUUGGUACCAUCGAGGACUAUUGGGGCCCAUCCAAGAAGUUGUUAAACGACAUUAAAUUCUUGGAGUCGCUGCAGAACUAUGACAAAGACAACAUACCUCCGCCCGUUAUGAAGAAAUUAAUGGCUACUGUGAUGCAAGAUGAAGCUUUUGUACCGGAGAAGAUUAAAACUGUAUCAGUGGCGGCGGAAGGUAUGUGCAAGUGGGUGAUUGCUAUGACGAAGUACGACAAGGUGGCUAAGAUUGUAGCCCCAAAGAAGCAGCGUUUGGCGGCUGCUCAGGCCGUAUAUGACAAAGCGAUGGCCGCACUCGCUGUCAAGCAGGCCCAGCUCAAGGAGGUACAAAUGAAAUUAGCAAAAUUAGAAGAAAUACUGGCUGAACAAAAUCGCCAACAGAAGAUACUAGAUGAUGAAGUGAUGGACUGUAGCAAUAAGCUGAAACGUGCUGAGAUGCUGAUUUCCGGUCUCGGCGGAGAGAAGACGAGGUGGACUCAGAUAGCGAAAUCGCUCAGAGAUAAUUACAAUUCACUCACUGGUGAUAUACUAAUUGCUGCUGGAAUCAUAGCUUAUUUGGGCCCAUUUACAGCUGCUUUUAGAAAUUCACAGAUAAAAGCUUGGGCGAAAGCGUGCGAUGAGUGCGGCAUCGUGUGCUCGUUGCAGUACAGUUUGACGCAAGUGCUCGGCGAACCUGUCACCAUUCAGCAGUGGAACAUCGACGGUCUGCCUGCUGAUGACUUUAGCGUCGAAAGUGCCAUUAUAAUUAUGACAGCACGCCGAUGGCCUCUAAUGAUCGACCCGCAAGGCCAAGCUAAUCGCUGGGUCAAGAAUAUGGAGAAACCAAACAAUUUAUGUGUGGUUCGAAUAACUCAGGCGGAUUUGAGUCGUGUUUUAGAAAAUGCCGUGCAGUUCGGACAACCAGUGUUAUUAGAAAAUGUUUUGGAGGAAUUAGAUCCUAUGUUGGAGCCGCUUUUACAACAACAGACUUUCCGCCAGGGUGGAGCGCUUUGCAUUAAAAUCGGAGAUGCUAUUGUUGAGUACAGCAAGGAUUUUAAAUUGUACAUAAGCACUAAACUGUCAAAUCCUCACUAUCUACCGGAAGUGGGUGUGCGAGUGACUUUGGUUAACUUUAUGUUGGCCAAGGACGGCUUACAAGCGCAGCUAUUAUCUCGGGUAGUUGCUAAAGAGAGGCCAGACCUUCAACAGGCGAAAACUGACCUCACUACUCAAGGAGCGGAGCACAGGCGUCUUUUGCAAGAUAUAGAGAAAAAGAUUCUUACUGUAUUGUCUACUUCCGAACAUUUAUUAGAAGACGAAGAGGCGGUUCAGAUUUUGGAUUCAGCCAAAGAUAUGGCAAAUGAAAUUAAGGAAAAGCAAGAAGUAGCUAUGAAUACGGAGAAAGCUAUCGACGCAGCGAGAGAUGACUAUGUUCCAAUUGCUAUGCAUUCUACCAACUUAUUUUUCUUAAUCGCGUCUUUGGCAAACAUCGACCCCAUGUACCAGUACUCUCUGGGAUGGUUCGAGGGAUUAUUCACGGCAGCCAUCGACAACACGGAUAAAGUGGAUAACAUACAGGAGCGUUUGAAAAUAUUACGCGCCUACUUCACGUACUCGCUCUACACUAACAUCUGUAGGAGUUUAUUUGAAAAGGACAAAAUGGUAUUUUCGUUAUUGUUAACCAUUACAAUAAUGAUAGCGGAAGGUCGCCUCCAGCAGAAUAACGUGAUUUUCCUUCUGGGCGGCGCCCAACCGAGGCAGAUACCGCCCAACCCGGUGCAGUUUAUUAGUCCGCAGGCGUGGGCGGAGUUAAACGGGUUGAAUGAAUAUGAAAAGUUCAGUGGUAUUGUGAAGCAUUUCACUUCGAACGUCUCUAUGUGGGAGGCAUACUGCGACACGCCCGACCCACAAAACCAGCCAUUACCCGAACCUUGGAACACCAAACUUGAUGAAUUUGAGAAAUUAAUGGUACUACGUUGUAUGCGAAUGGAUAUGAUGGUGCCGGCCGUGCAAAGUUAUGUUGAAGCACAACUGGGACGGCAGUUCAUUGAGCCACCGCUGUUUGAUCUAACCUCUUCAUACGCGGAAUCACACUGUUGCAUACCAUUGCUUUUUGUCUUGACACCCGGCUCAGACCCUAUGGGAACACUGCUGAAGUUUGCCGACGACCAGGGUUUCGGAUCAUCGCGCCUGUUCUCUUUGUCACUUGGUCAAGGGCAAGGUCCAAUAGCAGUGAAGCUCAUUGACGAAGGAGUUCGUAGCGGCACCUGGGUUGUUUUGCAGAACUGUCACCUGGCGAAAAGCUGGAUGCCCAUGUUGGAAAAGAUUUGCGAAGGCUUAUCGCCAGACAACACACAUCCGGACUUUCGACUUUGGUUGACGUCUUAUCCAGCAGACCAUUUCCCUGUUUACGUAUUACAAAACGGUGUCAAAAUGACCAACGAACCGCCUCAAGGUCUUCGUGCAAACAUAACGCGCUCGUACCAAAGUGAUCCCAUAAACGACCCGGAGUGGUUCGAAGGCAACAAGCAGCCGGAGGUGUUCAAGAAGCUUCUCUUCGCUCUCUGUUUCUUCCACGCAGUGGUGCAGGAACGACGACAAUUUGGUCCGCUGGGCUGGAACAUUCGAUAUGAAUUCAACGAGACAGAUCUAAGGAUCAGUGUAACACAACUUUACAUGUUCCUCAACGAGUAUGAUGACAUUCAAUUUGUGGCUCUGCGCUAUCUAACGGGCGAGUGUAAUUAUGGCGGUCGUGUGACCGACGACUGGGACCGGCGCUGUCUGAAUACUAUUCUCUACAAGUUCUACAACCCACGCGCGGUGCAAGAACACAAUUAUCCGCUUGAUCCUUCUGGCGUGUACUACAUCCCCACAUUAAAGGAGCAUUCCGACUUUGUGUCGUUUGCGCGCUCUUUGACGGUGGCAACACCACCGGCUGUAUUUGGAUUUCAUACCAACGCCGAUAUAACCAAGCACUUCCGUGAGGCCGAACAACUACUAGACACAGCCAUUCUUACCCAGGACCGCACGGAUCUUUUGAAAAAUUACUUAGAUACGAUGGCCACUGGGGGCGGUGGCUCCACACCAGAGCAGCAAGCGAUGGCUAUAGCCGAAGAUGUGCUCGCUCGGUUACCGGACAAGAUUUUGCGAGGUCCCUCUCACGAGGGCGAUAUUAAGCCCACUGAUAUGACACCAAUGUCUAUCGUCGUAAUACAAGAGGCCGCUAGAUAUGAGCGCCUCGUUCGAGUCAUCAGAAGUAGCUCCAGAGCUGUUAUUGGAGCUAUACAAGGUGUGAGCGUAUUGACUGACAUAACGGAGGAGGUUCUCACAAGCAUGGUGCGAGGCCGCAUUCCUGCGCUAUGGGCUGGCAAAAGCUACCCAUCCUUGAAACCUCUCGCCGCUUACUUCAACGAUCUCUUGGCCAGACUGGAAUUCCUCCAGCACUGGCAUCAACACGGCCCGCCAGUUAUUUUCUGGUUGUCUGGUUUUUACUUUCCGCAAGCGUUCCUCACGGCAGCGCAACAAAGCUAUGCUAGGAAAUACAAGAUACCUAUCGACCAACUGGAGUUCCACUAUGAGGUUCAACGCACUACCGAUUUGAAGAAACCGCCACCAGAGGGUGUGUACAUCCGUGGUCUGUUCAUGGAGGGGGCGCGUUGGAACAUGACUAGCUACAUAGUUGAUGAGUCCUUCCCAAAGAUACUCUACGAUGACUUUCCACCGGUGUGGCUGAUACCUCUAAAGCGUGAAGACGUACCGACAGACGUGUUCUACAACUGCCCGCUAUAUAAGACUGGUGACCGACGAGGAGUCCUAUCCACCACUGGACACUCCACCAAUUAUAUCCUGUUCAUGCGCUUGCCGACGGCACGGGAGCCGGAUCACUGGAUAAUGCGGGGAGUCGCUUUACUAACACAAUUACCGUUUUAA